AUGAGUAUUGCAGGUCGCUACUUUGAGGCGGAGAACAACUACGGUGAGUGUGGUAUUUGUCUGUGCCAGUGGAAAGAUGCGCUGGAGUUGAUUCCCUGUCGUCAUAUUUACUGUAAGAAAUGUGUGGAAACUCUUCACGAGUGUCCGGAGUGUUGUACGGCAAUUGAGCGCACACGAGCCCCAAAUGCAGCGCUACUGGAAUUGCAGAAAUGUAUAAAAGGAAAGUGUAGUGCAUGUGGUUGGAUGGGAACGUACAGGGAGUUUGUAGAGAUCCACCUAAAGUGCUCAUCUAAACCAAAUGGAAUGGCACCUUCUAUAUUAAGCGAUAGUGUGAAAAGUAGCCAUACAGUAGCGGAGUAUUUCUUGGAGAAACCACGCGGUACAAAUGAUGAUAAUAAUACUACUAAUCAUAAAAAUGAUUUAAAAACAUCACCAUCAUCAUCUCAACUUCUAGUUGAAUCUUCUAGUGGUACUUUUCCAAGCUAUGUUCCUAAUAACUUAAGAGGUACUUCUUCACCCUUUACUCAUAAAAGACGUGUGUCUAAGUGGAAAGAGUCUAUUUCAUGUACAUCAAGUGAUUAUGGUUUAACAGAGAAGGAAUUUAAUUUUUUAGCGGAUAAAUGGCCGGAUUUUGCAUCUUAUAAUCCUAAAAACGAUCAUAUAGAAUUAUAUUGGAGUGAUGCUUGUCGACUUCUUCGAUAUAUGAAUUUACCAAGUCAUCCUAAUGAUGUGAUGGAGUUAUUUAACAUGGCAAUGCAGUCAGCAGAUAAUGGAAGUAUACCAUUUCAUGUGCUUUGCUUAUGGAUUCCAUUGGUACGUCGAGAUCCAGAGACUUCGUAUAAAAUGAAUAAGAAGGAUUAUGAUGCUUUGUUAAUGUAUGCACAUAUCAUAGAUGUUGAAAAAACUGGUUUAUUUAAUGAAGAACAAUGCAAAUGUCUUGGUGAACAAAUAUUAGUGCGUGAAUUUACACAGUCUGAGUGGCAGAUGAUUUUACCAAUUGUCAUUAACAGAUCAGCACAAUUCCGUAGAAGUAUGCCAUUGGUAUAUGAGAGCUCUGUGAUGUCUGGUAGGAAUGUGAAGCUCUCACUUCAUGAAGUUAUUCUUCUUUAUAUGGGGAUUAUUGAUCCUGUGAGGAAAACAAUAGUGUUUGAAAAUCAACCAUUACAGCAAUCACCAGAGAGACAGAAGGGCGGGGGACAAAGCUAUGAACAACGAGUGGCAUCUAUGUUACUCCACUACAAUCCAUCCACCCUCGCUUCUCUAGAUGAAUUAUUGCGGCAGCAUAAAGGAUGUGAAGAUAGACUUUUAAUGACGCUUGUACAAGCAUAUGGCCCAGAACCACGCUAA